AUGGCUGAUCAAUUCGACCUGUUUGAGGCAAUCUACAGUCAGCGCCAGAUCACCCGCUACAAGCCGGACCCGGUGCCGCAAUCCGCGAUCCAGCAAAUGAUCGACGCUGCGGUUCGCGCGCCCAACGGCGGCAAUACGCAGCCGUGGGAGUUUGUGGUCGUGAACGACCCGGACACGGUGAGCGCCCUCGGAGAGUUGUACAAGAACACCUGGCUGGACGCUAUGGGCUGGGAGCCAUCGCCGACCGAGUCGCGCGUUUAUCGCCACGCCAGGUACCUGGCGCAUCACAUGCCCGAAGUUCCGGCGAUGAUCGUGGUGUGCGCGGAUCACUCGCGCGGCAGCGGCUUCCAGCCGGAUGAGCCCAUCGAGCGCGGACGUCACGCGGCAUCCGUUUGGCCCGCGAUCCAGAACCUUUUCCUGGCCGGACGGGCCCUGGGACUUGGCACGCGCAUCACAACCGUCCUCAAUCGCAAGGAGGACGAGGUACGCGAGCUUCUGGGGCUGCCGCAGUCUGCGGAGAUGAUAUGCUUGACCCCGGUCGGAUACCCUCGAGGCAGUUUCGGCCCCACAAACCGCCGCCCGCCGUCGGAUGUCACUUCGUUCAACCGCUGGGGUUUCCGCGAUUGGGCCGACUAA